AUGAAUCACAAUAUUUCUAAGUUUCCACCAGAUGUGUCAAAGCUGUUCAAAGCGCGACCUCCAUUACAGUAUAAAAGACAAGUGGAUUAUCCACUAGAGAAAAGACAGACCAAUCCCCACAUAACAGGGGUUUCACAUCUUUUAGGAUCACAGUUGAACGAAUAUCGCAACCGAUUCUCUGAGGGGAGCAGCAAUGAGCAUAUAAAAGAAUACGAAAAAGCUGUUACUUCCAAAAUAAAUGAACUACGAUCGUUAGAUGAGAAACUCAAGAACUGGGAGCCCAACAAUGAUCCAAAUAUAAAGCAUACAGACCCUUAUAGGACCAUAUUCGUGGGAAGACUGUCCUAUGAAGUAAAUGAAGUUGAAUUACAGAAAGAAUUCAUAAAGUUUGGUGAAAUUGAAAAAGUUCGUGUGGUAAGAGACAAGAUAACCAAUAAGUCAAGAGGUUAUGCAUUUGUCGUUUUUACAAAUCCACAGAGUAGCAAACUAGCUUGCAAGGAAAUAGGUGUCCAUAGAGGCCUGGAGAUUGGUGGCAGAACAUGUAUUGUUGACAUCGAAAGAGGUAGAACCGUAAAAUACUUCAAACCAAGGAGAUUAGGUGGCGGCUUAGGCGGUAGGGGCUAUACUAAAAUGUAUCGGAAAUCCGACAGGCCAUUCAGAAGGCCUGUCAUGGAACGUGACCCAGUUAUCCUCCCAAAUCCUAAGACUUUCCCGACAAGACCUGUAUACACGGGACCCAGCCGUUUCUCAAGAUCUCCUGCAUCAACACAGACGGCUUCAUCGAUGCCAUCAAACAGGUACGGCGCAAACGCAGGUCAAGAAGUCCCGCCAGUGCAGACCUCUUAUCGAUCUAGAAACGCAAGAGCACAAGAAUCAAACAAGGUACAGAAGACCGAAGAACCAGACUACUAG